CAUAGAUGUGACAUUUCGUCAUCCAUGAUGAUCUGUUUUAUUUCAUUACGUUUUACUUGUGAUAUCAAGGAGUUAAUGAUUUUUCUUAUUUAUAAUCAUGCACUUAUUUUAUAAUAUAAACGGAAUUGUGACCUUUUGGGUAAUAGCUGUGGCGGUUGCGAGGGAGUAUUUCAGGAUAAGACUUGGUUAACACGCAAAGGACAUCGGGACCCACCAAGAUAACAAGAAAAUCUUUGAAAAUAUCUUAAUCGGAUUCUGGUCUUAUUCAUUCAAGAUUUGCAUGUUUCAGACUGGAAGGUCAUUCAGAUGUGAAAUGUGGCUUCACUGUAUUCUUCUGAUGAACUUGUUCAUGAUCAGCCAAUGUAAGCGUAUGGCUGGGUUUGGAUUUCAACUAUUCCCAUCGAUAGAGGGACCAACGUCGUGUCCAGGGAGGAGUAGAUUCCUGGCUGGUGUUCCAGGUAACGAUUCAGUUAUAGGACCAUGUGACUACAUAAAGUGUGUAUCUGGUCAAUUCAAGAGACUUCCUUGUCCUGCAGGCCUAGGCACCAGAAAAAAGUUUAUGCAGGCCUGGGCACAGAAUCAGACAGGCGAUAACAAAUACCCUUGUGUGAAACGAACACCGGCUUGUAAUUUAGAACUUGGCCUAUCAGAUAAUCCCGUCAAGAUAUGUGGGAUAGAUUUGGUCUGGAUUGUGGACAUAAGCUGCUCCAUAUCCAUAGAGGACAAAAUGACCGUGAAGAGAUUUCUAAAAAGGGCAGUCGCACAACUCCCAGUGCGUGUGCAUUUUACAAGAAUAGCGAUGUUCGGAUUCUCUGAGAAAAUCUAUCACGUAUCGUUUUUGAACGAAUAUCGACGCCAAGCUAAGCUGAUGGAGGCAAUCGACGGGAUGACGUUAACGCCGACUGAGUGUGCGACAUAUACCUUUUCAGCCUUGGAGGCGGCCCGAAAUGUAUACCUUUCCCGGGAAUUUGGCAGGAGAAAGGCUCGCAAGGCUGUUGUAAUAGUCUUGACUGACGGAUUUACGUGGCCACAAGAGAGGAAGCUAGAGACGCUUGAACAGGCCCGACUUCUGCAUAAAACUGGAGUUGAAACGUACGUCGUGGGCCUACCCAAUAUGAAACGUAACGUCUCGGCUGGGAAAGAUGAAUGGGAAGCGAUUGCGACCACUCCUGAUAAAAUAUAUGACCUCCAAUCAUUCUCAGAGCUACAGGGUAUUAUGGAUGAUAUCUCUAGAAGUGCUUGUUUCAUCUUGUAAGAUUCAGAGAGAAUAAAUAAUAAGCAUAUG